AUGUUGAUACGAAUUCGUAAUGACACCCAUUUUCAGUUUUCGAAUAAUUUGUCAUCAUCAAUUUUAUGUGCAAAUACGUUAAUUAACAGCACACUUGAAAAUUGUACAUAUGAAAUAUCAACUUCAUCAUCUUCAACAAUGACAAAUAAUUUAUUUUCUAAUUCACUUCUCAUUAUUUUCGUUUUAUCAAUCUUAUCGAUAUUGGGUGUUUGUUUUAUGAUCUUUGGUCCAUUACAAAGAUCUGAAGCUUACAAACGUGUUGAAAAUUUUACAUUUGGUCGUCAUCCGAUAUUCAACGUUGAUAACCGUGAAGUAUCAGCUGCUACACGUUACGACGAAUCAAUGGAGUUCGCAGAUGAAUAA